UCGGCAAGCUUUGCGCCGAUUAAAGUUUAUCUGUUUCACCGGCGAGAGGAGCCCGGUGACCAUAUGAUGUCUGGACAGGAAUUUAAUUCAACGGUUUUGCGCGUGAUCGUCUGCUAUUCAAUUGUUGCUUCAGGUAUGAACUCGAAGCUGUCCUAGAUAAUGCAAUUAAAUGUUUUUUAUUAUGUACGACAUAUUAUUAGAUUGGCAAACACUGUUAUUCAUGCUUAGCGGCUUUACUGACCAAUUAGUAUAAUGUUUUAUAUAGCGGAUGCCGAGAUCGGAGCAUCUCAUGUGCACUAUGUUUUCGCCCAUUCAGCUCACGGCCAGGUGUUCGGCUGACUGUGGGCGGGGAGUCUGGAUCGAGAGCUCAAGGAGUGAGGUUGCGCUCCUGGCUCUGUUAUAAUGUAACCUAAGCUAAAUACAAUGUAAUGUUCUUCACUUUUGAUUAUGUCGAUUCACCUUCAGUAAACACGGGUUUACAUUUGGUGGCAGCGGUGGGAUCGACUUAGUCGAAAUGGAGCUUGGAGCCCGAACCGACGUCCUCGGCUUUCGCGGCCUCAAGAUGAAGAAUUCAAGAUUUCAACUGACUGUUUGAAAUCUUCGGAGAAGCUAUCGCCAGUGCAAGAUGUCUGCUGUUGGUUUUCCGGCUCUGCAACACUCUGACGAGUUGUCAGUUAGCCGGUAAGGUCGGUCGACUACGCCUUUUGUCCCGACUGAAGACUGCGCCAUGUUGGUCGCUGCACGGCGACUGUCCAGCAGUGCCGUCUGUUCCCGCUAGCACUGAGCUCCGCUUCUUGAGCUGUGCUACGGUCGACUGAUCCUCGGUCCACUUGGCUUUGCAAGUGUCGACUGAGCGCCGUUGCUACAACACGUUUAUUCAUCAAGAUUAUCGCAAGAUGGACCAGUUACGAGCCGUCAUGGAGAUCGACCAGCCAAGGGCUACCGAAGCAAGAGGAGCCUAGUCUCGGGCUGCGCUGUUUCCCUGCUUCUACAAUCUUCGUGGUACCGGCUACCUGCAGUCUCAGCUGUGAUGGAGGUGACGUCCGUGAGGAGGCUGAGAGACAGCGAUCAGUGCGCAGUGGCCUGUGGUGAUCUCGGCCCAGCCGUCGCGCUGCUGCGGCCUGCGAGCUCAGUGUGCAGUGUUCAGUGAUUUGGUGCGCGAGUGGUGAGCGAGUGACGAGUCGGCACCGCCAUAGCGAUUGGUGUCCGACCUCCUCGCUGCUGGUGAUCGGCACCAGCCGGCCGUAUCGCCCACCGCGACUCGGCUUGGAGCUCUGCCUAGCUCUGCGGCCCGUUGGCGCUGCACUGGAUCGCGUCAGCCGUCAGCUGAUUCGAGGAGCAGCAGACAAGGCGCCGGAUGGAGGGGACUGGCCGUCACUGCACUCACGCGAUGGGACGUCGCCGUCGUGUGUACGCCGGUCUGCUGACCAGCCUGCUCGCAGCUGCCCUGCUACGACAAACAGAGGGCUGCUCGGAGCCGCUGGGUCUGAUGACGGGCGAGGUCGAGGACUGGCAGGUGGCCGCCAGCAGUACACUCACCUCCGACCCCAAGUGCAACACCAAGUACGCCCGGCUGCACGGGCCCAACGGCAAGGCCUGGUGCGCCGGCUACAAGAGGGAGGCCGAGUGGCUGCUCAUCGACCUGGGCGUCGAGGCCACGAUAUCCAGUGUGAUGAUCCAGGGCCGGGGGGACGGCAGACAAUGGGUCACCAAGUUCGUCAUCUCCUACAGUGACGACGCCUACACCUGGAAAUUCACCAACGACAUCUACGGAAAGAAAAAGACAUUCACUGGCAACACGGACUCUCACUCCCUGCGUCAUCUGUACCUGGAUGAGCCAAUCACAGCUCGGUUCGUUCGGAUCCAUGUGAUGGAGUGGCACGGACACCCCAGCCUGAGGAUCGAACUCAUUGGAUGCCAGGAGUGUCGUCAGCUGAUCAGCGUGCCCCCGCACGCCAAAGUGACGGCCUCCAGCUCUCCGCGGUGGAGAAGGAAGCGCUCCUGUCAGCCCGAGGACGGGGUCAUCUUCAGCAGCUCGGCCUGGUGCUCCAGGCACAAAAACAGGAACCAAUGGCUGCAGUUUGACUUUGGCCCUCCGAGAAAGGUGACCGGCAUCCUGACCCUGGGCAGAGGAGACGGCAGACGCAAGCGCUUCGUCACACAGUACAGCCUGUCCUACAGCAACAACAGCGUCGUCUGGCAUUUCUACAAAGACGACAACCACCUCGACCCCAAGGUGUUUGCCGGCAACAUGGACACGGCGACGGAGCGUCGUCACUACCUGAACCAGCCGUUCGUGGCCAGCUACAUCCGGCUGCACCCGGUCGACUGGAGGAAGCAGAUCGCCAUGCGGGCCGGCGUGCUGGGCUGUCCGAACCGCGGCCUCUGCGGGCCCGGAUACAUCCGCGUCAACGAGGGAUCACCCUGCAUGGAGAACCUGGCGUACCAGCGUCCGACCUGGGUGAACGACAAGCGGCAGAGCUGGAAGGACUGGACGUACGGCAACUCCAAGCUGGCCGUGGACGGCGACGAGAGCCAUCACCUCAACAAGUGCGCCAUCCUGGACAACUAUUACGUGGACAACCCCGUCUGGAUGGUCGACCUCGGGCGCAGACGGGAAAUCGAGGGAGUCGUACUGGCGCUCUGGGACGGCAAAGGCGAAGACCAGUCGACCCAGUACCGCGACUACGUUCUCAACCUGGACAAACUGAGCGUCUACGUCAGCAACAAGCAGCACGUCGUGAACGCCGAGGAGGCUAGCAGCACCAAGUGCGACUACGUCACCAGGGACAACAACGCCCUGUUUCGGCCACGCCUUCAGGUGCCCUGUCCGCAGCCACUGAGGGCGCGCUACGUCUACAUCAAGGCGUACGGCGUGCCUAACCGGUGGCGUAAGCUGUUUACGGCGAUCCUCUGUGAGGUGAUGGUGUACUAACGCGGUGGAUUUAGGAUCCAGCAGAGGAUGCUGGUCCGUAGACAGACACCUAGUCACCCUCCGGUAGGGAGGGAUCGAAGGGAGCGGCACUUGUCCUCGUUCCUGUAGGGGCCGUUCGCUCAUCAUACCUCGUUCAGCAUCUGUAGUAGUUAUAUGGUCCACCAAUUGGUCACCCAUUGGUGACCCAUUGGUUACUGUGACGUCCACCCAUUAUGGGUGUCUAUUUAAUUGGCAGCUUUGAGCGGACAUCCAGAACCGCUCGCCUGGUUGUGGGCGAUAAAGUUGGAGUCAAUUCAGCCCCAACGUGCGGCAACGAACCGGCUGGUGUUUCCUUGUGGCUCUCGUGUUGCUGUUGAACAUUGACAUGUACUGCUCGUAAUAUGAUUUUGUCGCAGUGUAUAGGAUAAGGUACAAGUUCCAUUUAAUUACUAGCACUUUGCCGGCAUAGCGAAUCUCAGCUUGAUGUAACUGUGGUAUACUGCUCUUACGACUUCAAUAGUGCUAUGAUAGAAUAACUGUUACGUCUUCAAUAGUGCUAUGAUAGAAUAUCAUAGAAAUGCUGAAUAUUGUUGUGAGCACUGUUUUAAGAGACAUGGACAUACUUAAAAAUAUAAUAAAAAAGUAGCAGAGAGAGCGCGAGAGCGCGAGUAACCGAGUGAGAGCGAGUUGAAGAAGGCGUAAGCCGAAAGCUCCUCGAGAUUAUCUGGCCUUUUUACGAUUUUCGAUUUUAAUGAUGAGAGUACGGUUACUUUUAUUGAUUAUAUUUUUA